CCUUAUUAUUAUUAUUAUUAUUAUUGUUCUUGCGCUCUAUUACUCUUGAGUUCAGUUCUAUUGAGAAGUCAGGAUUAUCUCUAACAUGGAAAUGGAGCAUUUCCUUUGAGGGUUUAACGCUUAAACCCUAAUCUUUGAGUUGGGUUUCUUUCAUGAAGAUCAGCUGCGGAUGCCUAUAAUUUUUUUUAUUAGCUAAAGCCCUCCUUGUUCUGGAUUGGGCGGGGGUUAGUUAGUAAUUGGGAAGGUUUUCUUGUUGUUUCAAGAAUGAAAAAUCUCCUCCCCCUCCCUUUUGAUCAGAGGUGAGCCGUCAGCCAGCCCUAGCUAGUUUCACGGCCCUCACCCUCACCCCUCAAGGACAACAAUCAUCAUCCUGCUUUGCUCCUGCAUAGCCGAAUACGACACAACCUGUUUGGCUGCCUGAAUGCCUCCUGGAAAUUUGUGAGGGAAGAGGAAUGUCCAGGUUUCGAGCAUUCUGGCAAGCUUCUUUGAAUGCUACCAAGAAAGCUCUCACGUGGAAUAUUGAAGACUUGAUGCCUCCCAGUGAAAGAUAUAUUUUCAAUUUCAAUUCAAAAGAAGAGCUAAAAAAAUGGCAUCUCUAUUCUGAUUCUGAAUUUGGAGGUUUGUCGUCAGCUUCCUUGGAGAUCAAAGAUGCUGGAAAUGGACUGAGUGGAAGUUUCUCUGGAAACCUUUCUUUGGAUGUGACUGAGGGUUCAAAAUGGAACAUCAAAAGGGGUGGCUUUUGUGGAAUGCGAUCAAAAAAGUUUGAUGGCUUCAUAGAUUUAGAUUCCUAUGAUACAAUAGCACUAAAGCUUAAAGGAGAUGGAAGGUGCUACAUAUCAACUAUAUAUACAGAGAAUUGGGUGAAUUCACCUGCUCAACAGGAAGAUAAUUCAUGGCAGGCUUUUGUUUAUGUACCUAAAGACAACUGGUAUAUUACCAAGAUUCCUCUUGUUCGAUACUUACCCACAUGGCGAGGAAAUGUCAUAGAAGCAAAUCUGGAAAUGAAUCCUUCUCGUAUUGUCGGCAUGUCUCUUUCUGUUAAUGCUGAAGGGGGUGUCCCUGGUGCUAGAUCAGGACCAGGUGAUUUCAGAAUGGAAAUUGAUUGGAUCAAGGCCCUGAGAGCAGAGAUAUAAUAAAUCAUACAGCUGUGUACAAAGUGUGAACACCAGAGCCCCAAGACACUGUCAUCAUAACAUUUUUGGGGGGUUGUGGUAGUGUAUAUUUAUUUCCGGAAUGCUAGUUUUGUUGGUUGGACUUCAGAGGCAAGUAAGAAAGUUGGACCUGUGAAUUUGAAUAUUGAUUUUGUCCAAUUCUCCAUUAAAGCAGUAGAAUUUCUAUUUUCUUUUCAA